GCAGAGGAACAACGCGAGGAAGCGAUCCAAAAAAAACCCACCAUGAAGUUCUUUAUGAUUGCAUCGUUGACUCUAUUGGUCGUAAUGGCUGUUGACUCCACGGAUUACGAAUCUGAAGAAUCCAAGGGACUUGGCGGAGGUCUGGGCUUAUCUGUGGCUGAGAGUGAUUCUGAAACAUUUGGGCAUAGUCGUGCUAAAAAAACUGGAGGCGGUGGUUCUGGCGCCGGGGCUGGUAGUGGCUCUGGGGGUGCUGGAGGCGGUGGUGCUGGCGCGGGGGCUGGCAGUGGUUCUGGAGGUGCUGGAGGCGGUGGUGCUGGAGCAGGUGCUGGCAGUGGUUCUGGGGGUGCUGGAGGCGGUGGUGCUGGAGCAGGCGCUGGCAGUGGCUCUGGUUAACUGUUUAAUUAAAUCUUUGAUUUAUUAAUAAACAUUUCCAUUUAUUUA